AUGAGGAUGUCCAUGGCCAAGGAGGCAGGAGCUCGCCUGGUGGGGCAGCCAGGAAGGUGGGGCCUCAUCCAUUGCUGGGCUGGGGGGCUCAGAGGCCUCCCAGAUUUUCAGGCGAGCGACACCCCACUUCCUCCUCCUUCUCCGUUGCCUAUCUGCUGACUGUGGCAACAGGACUUCCCUGUCAGAUGGGCUCUGCUGUUGCGCAAUCUGCCACCCGAAUCUCCAGCGCUCAAGGGAGAAGAGGCUUGCUGGAUUUGGCCGUGUGUGGCUCCUGCGACUGCAGCCGGGCUUCCGAGGGGGGUGGUCUUGUUCCUGCUCCCUGAAGCCACCAGAGACCCCCCAGCAGCAAAGGAUAUGAUCCGCCAGGGACUGCUGCUGGUCCUGCUGGUCCUGGGCGGAGGUAAGUGAAAGGGCGAGGCAGCGGCAGGGAGGAAGGAAGGAAGCCUGGGGGGGGGGGGGGACAGAAGGGGAGCCCUCCUGGAUCAGAACAAAGCGGCCCACCUAGUCCAGAAUCCUGUUCUCACGGUGGCUGAAGGAAGCAGGUGUAAUAAACUUAAAUCUUCCCUUAUUUCCUUAUGGGGGACACAAGAGCCCUUAGAGAGUCCUUUGCAGGUUCUCCGUCAGUCGGAGAAAAGAACCGAGGCCAAGCAGAGAAUACUGAGAAGCAAAGCAGCUAGUAAGCCUGAUCUUUAUUGAACUGUUGCAACAGGGUGCCCCCUUCACACGCAGGAGGAGGAGGAAGACCCCGAACCAAGGUGUGCCCGCCCUUAUAUAGACAUUUUAAAUUGCCCGCCCUGGAGUCCAAGACCACCCCCAGAUACAUCAUACCUACAUCACCGAAAGAGCGGUCUACAACAGAAAUCUGAGUGCGUUGUUUACCUCCUGUCUGGCAGGAUACCUGUUAAUGCUCACUUGAUUGGAUACCCUGGGGAGCCUGGCCAGUCUUUUGUGGUGACAAAUGCUUAGUUCCUGGGCCAGGUCACAGGCUCACCCUAUUCAUACACAGACAUACCCUUAAGACAGGAUUUGUGAAGGAAAAGACAAUGGGGAGGCUUUUCCAUUUGACUUUGACGGUUUUAGGGGCUCAUAUUUCCAAAGCUGGCUUCAUGGGAGGGAGUCCUAGUCCAAAUCUUGCUGCUCUUCCAAUUCCCAUCAUCAUCAUCAUCAUCAUCCCUGACCAUUGGCCAUCCUGGCUCCUAGGAAAGCAGGGCCCUCCCCUAGACCGAGUCUAGACCUUUGAGGUCCAUCCAGUCCUUCUUCACACAGCACAUACCAUAUUUUUCGCUCCAUAAGACUCAGCUGACCAUAAGACGCACCUAGUUUUUAGAGGAGGGAAACAAGGGAAAAAAAUAUUCUGAACGAAACAGUGGAUGUAUGAUUUUUGUGGUUCAUUCUGUGGCCACAGGCGUGUGAUUUGAAGGUGAUUUUGGGGUAGCCCAAUGCGAAAAUCCUGAGGAUCCAUGUGGAUCCGUGCUUUGUAACCACAUUUUUGUGCCAUUGUGGCCCUACGAAACAGUGUGUGUGGGUGUGUUUUUGGUGCAGGCUGUAGCCAGGCAGCAGGCAGCUGCUGUGUGAUCUGAUGGUGAAUUUGGGGUGACCCAAUACAAAAAUCCUGAGGAUCCAUGGGCUUUUACCUCCCCCCUCCCAGGCAGCUUCCUCUAGCCUCCCUUAUCUCUCUCCUGAUCCCGCCGAUCAGCUGCUUCCUUUCAACACUCCUUUCCCUCUUGUUUGCCUUAGUGUCUUUUCCUUAGCUGGAGCAGUUUUUUGCUCCUCCUUUUCUUCUAAUUUCUCUCCUCAUUGAUAUAGUCUUCCUGUUUCCCCCCUUUGCAAGUUUUCUGUCUUUAUCUCCCCCCUCCCAGGCAGCCUCCUUUAUCGCUAGAGUCCCUUAUCUCCCUCCCAAUUGGCAAAUGAUCAGCGGCUUUGUUUUAACACCCACUUCCCUCUUUUUUAAAAAAGAAGCAUGAUCUGCUUUUUGCCCCUGGGCAAUUUGGCUCCAGGGACCACGCAUUCGCUCCAUAAGACGCACAGACAUUUCCCCUUACUUUUUAGGAAGAAAAAAGUGCGUCUUAUGGAGCGAAAAAUACGGGUAGUUAGACUGUGGAACUCCCUCCCACCGGAGGCAGGGAUGGCCACUGACUUGGAUGGCUUCAAAGCAAGACGAGACAUAUCCAUGGCCCUGGUCUGCCUCCAUUUGUCAGAGGCAGCGAUGCUUCUGAAAGCCAGUUGGUGGAAACCGCAGGAGGGGAGAGCGGAUCUUGUGUUCGAAUCCUGCUUGUGGGUUUCUUAUUGGGGCAUCUGCUUGGCCCCUGUGAGGACAGGAGGCUGGACCACAUGGGCUCCUGGUCUGAGCCUGCAGGGCUCUUGGUCUAUGUUCUUGAAUGAUAAAUUAGUCCCCUGAUUUGCUGUCACAGGACACUUUCGGUUGUGUCCCUCAGAGCAGCCCCCGCUGACACGAAGGGAAAGGGCCGUGUGAUGCCAUUUCCUUCUCCCUGAAACCACCAAGAGCUUUUGCUACUUCCUUUCCAAAGCAGAAACCCACAAACUUCUGCCUUUUUGGGUCUGGGAAAGAGGAGGCUGAGCUAUUGGCCAUCUCCCAAGAUCUCCCCAUGGAAGAGGGAGCAGGCUUCUUUUCUCCUGCUCCUGGAGGGCAGGACUCGAACCCGUGGCUUCACCUCUUGAAUUAUUCUUAUUCUUAUUUACCCAAAACAGGGAGUACGGACUCAUCCAAAUCGCCACGUGGGGCAGCAGCUGGUGAGAGCAAUGGGGCGUUUCAGAGAUGCAAGCGCUUGGAACCCGACCCUUCGAGGUGGAACACAUUUGUUAAAGGUAAAACAGCCUAUAUUGCCUGUUUUGUGAUUUUAAAUCUCUGCUGUGGCUCUAUCACCAAAAGUAAAGGUAAAGGUAAAGGGACCCCUGACCAUCAGGUCCAGUCGUGGCCGACUCUGGGGUUGCGGCGCUCAUCUCGCUUUAUUGGCCAAGGGAGGCGGCGCACAGCUUCCGGGUCAUGUGGCCAGCAGGACUAAGCCGCUUCUGGCGAACCAGAGCAGCGCACGGAAACGCCAUUUACCUUCCCGCCGGAGCGGAACCUAUUUAUCUACUUGCACUUUGACGUGCUUUCGAACUGCUAGGUUGGCAGGAGCAGGGACUGAGCAACGGGAGCUCACCCCGUCACGGGGAUUCGAACCGCCGACCUUCUGAUCAGCAAGCCCUAGGCUCUGGGGUUUAACCCACAGCGCCACCCACGUCCCCAUAACCAAAAGUACUUUUUCCCAAACUUGGAUUUAUGCCUCCAGAAAAGUUUCCUUUUAUCCAUUAACCCAAAUACUAAAUUAAACAGUGUUUUCUCCUGUCUCUCCUUCUCUCUCUCUGUGUUCUGCUUCCUUGGCAGAUUGUACCACUUGCCACCCGGAAUACCACAUCUGGCAACCUUGCCAUCUCACGGCCAGGCCAAGGGAGUCCGUCACCCUGCCCUGCACCUUCAACUACACCUGGAAGGCUAAAGAGACGGCCCAGGUGUAUUGGCGCUUAGGAAACUUUCACGGAGAGUUCCUCUUCAACCACACCCACGACCCCGCCCACAGGUACACCCGCCCGAACUACACAGGGCGGGUGUCUCUGGUCGGGGACCUGUCAAAGGGGCUCGAAGCGUCAAUCCAGAUUGAGAAUCUGGGGGAGUCGGACUCCAAUCUAUAUUUCUGCGGCGUCUCGGUAGAGACACUUCGUGAAGGUGUGAAGUAUUGGCGAAACCUUGAGGGGACAAACCUCACGGUCACAGGUGAGCUGCCCCAUCCUCAGGAGGACCCCUCUGUGCCUGGAUCUCUCUUGGCCCUCUGCCCCACACCUUUCUCCGCAGCACCCCCCUUCUCCCCAGGGCUGGCCCUCCUUUCUUCUUGGUUCAAAGGAGUAUGGGGUGUGUGUGUGUGUGUGGCCGUGGCGCCUGAGGCAGAGCAGAAAAUGGGUGUCCACCCUCCCCCAGCUGAGGGGCCGCAGGGUACCCAAAGAUAUUUCAGCACCUGAGGCAGGGAGUUCCGCAAGUGAUGCUCCUCCCAGGCUGCAGAAAUAACACAAGAGGAUGAGAGCAUAGCCGCCUUCAAACAUCUGAAGGGUUGCCCUGUGGAAAGUGGAGCAAGCCUGCUUCCUGGUGCCGCUCCGGAGGACAGGGCCCGAUCCAGGAGUAAACAUGAGGCAGAACGUCCUGAGAGUAAGAGCAGUUUGACAGUGGAACAGACUCACUCAUGAGGUCUCUCCUUCCUUGGAGGUUUUAAAUUUAUUUUAUUCUAAAAUGUUUCUUUAUUAUUUCUUUUGGUAGUCCACUGGCAAACCGUUCUGCUUUGCACCCACAGAAAUGACCUUUUUAUACUGCAGGGAAGGAAGGCCUAAGACAUAGUCUGUCAUUUGGUAGCUACAACUCUUAAGUAUUUUCCCUUCUUGAGUCUGGACUGUAACUUCUAUUGGGAUGCAAAUACCUUCUUCAACUCCCUCUUGUCUAUCCAGAGAAGGUAAAUCGGUAGUUCCAAUUCUCCCCACGACUCCCCACACUUCAUCGCCAGGACUAUGGAUUAUAGUUGCUGUACUUCCAUGCCAGUUAGAUGAGAGCCAAAAGCAAGUUUGUAAUCCAGUAGCUGUGCCAGGGUGAGAAAAACUGCAGGUGGGUUUCUUAACAUUAUCCUCUGCCACAACCAGUUACUAAAGGUAAAGGUAAAGGGACCCCUGACCAUGAGGUCCAGUCGCAUGACUCUGGGGUUGCGGCGCUCAUCUCGCUUUAUUGGCCGAGGGAGCUGGUGUACAGCUUCUGGGUCAUGUGGCCAGCAUGACUAAGCCGCUUCUGGCGAACCAGAGCAGCGCAUGGAAACUCCGUUUACCUUCCUGCUGGAGCGGUGCCUAUUUAUCUACUUGCACGUUGACGUGCUUUCGAACUGCUAGGUUGGCAGGAGCAGGGACCGAGCAACGGGAGCUCACUCCGUUGUGGGGAUUCGAACCGCCGACCUUCUGAUUGGCAAGCCCUAGGCUCUGUGGUUUAACCCACAGCGCCACCUGCAGCCCUUAACCAGUUACUACUGUAGGCAAAAUAUGAUCAGCUUUCAUUCCCAAAGCUUUGGACAUCCAGCCCUUCACCCAAUCCGGUUGGUGUACAGUGCUUAAAGGUUUCCAUCUGCUAGAAAGGAGCCCUCAGCCCUGCCUUCCUUGAAGGUUUUUAAACUGAAGUCAGAUGAGCACAUGUCAAAGGGCCUUUGGCUGCGAGUCCUUCACUGCAGCGGGUUGGUCUGGAUGACCUUUGGGGGUCCCCUCCAACCGUACGAUUCUCUGUUUCUGCAAGAUGUUGCCUCUUCUCGGGCGUCUGCCUCUCUCGGCCUAACGCUGACGCCCAACUCAGGGCGCAGGGAACUGUCUCCACCUGGGGGCUGCUAGGUGUGGGCCCCCCUCCUCAGAAGAAACGCCCUUGUGCCACUGCAGUGGGGAGGGUGCUUGUGGGUGCCCCUGCUUUUGCCUCAACCCCUGCUUUCUCUCCCCCCACAACCAGGUCCUCCAAUGCCAACCCCCCCCAGCUUCAACCUCGUGGGUCUGGCGACCGGAGGGGCAGCCGCUGCCGCCGCUGUUGCUGUGGGCCUGCUGGCGUUCGUCGCCUGGAGAAAAGGUACGGGGGCUGUUUUCGGGGGGGGCAGGGAGAGGGCCGUGGCUGUGCCAGGGGCCGGCUCUCCCUCCGACCUGGCCCUCCAGGUGUGGCUUCUUCCCAGUGUGGUGAUGGCUCCUGCAUCUCACCUGCGGAGGCACUGGGCACCCCAGCCCUGCUGCCCUGUGAGGCUCAGCCUGGGCCAAACCGCUGCCCCCCCCCAUUCUCCAGGGCUCUCCCCCACCAAGAGCUGCCCUCUCUGAAGGACAUUUUCUCCUCUCUGUUCCUCCCCAGGUUGCUGCCCAAAGUGUGCCCCAAGGAGGUGAGUGCCUUUCCUGCCUCCUGCUGGUCUCCUUCCUAACUGGGGGAGGGGGGCUGACUGCGGCCCCAGAUUGGCUCUGCCAUGGCUGGUGACCAGUGGGCAGGACAUCCUGUUAACGGAGAAAUCUGAGUUCUCCCUUGGACAAAAAACAAGGACCCCAGCCAGGAAUCCCAGAGCAAAACAGCAGCCAGUCGGCUUGGUCUUGAUUGAAGACUGUCGCGACAGGACUCCCACCUGCCACCAGGUGGAACAAGAUGGAAGCCCUGAACAAAAGAGAACCCAAACUUUUAUUAGCUGCUCAUCCCCAUGUUGCACACCCCCCCAAACUACAUCACUCAUACAUCAUGAAAGGGGAGGUCUGGUGGCAGGAAUCUGAGCAUCCUGGACCCUGCCCCAUGGCUCCCCUUGCCCUCCACCAAACACCCACCAAGUGGUACAAAAUAGAUAUUUACGUUUUCCUGUUUCCCAGUCAAGUGAAUCAGCCCUUUUGUCUCCAUCUGGGUUUGUUAUUUAUGGAAUGGCUACCUGUCUGGCACUCAGGUAUCAGGAGGCCAGGGAUUAUCCCUCAGGCAGAGGGGCUGCUGAGGAGCUGAGCUCACAGGUCUAGAUGAAUUUCUGAAGUUUUCCCAGUGAGCCAGUAUAUAGGAACAUUUGUCAGUGAAUUCUUACAUUUGGUAUCGUGCAGCAAAGGCCCUUUGAAUAGAUAGGAAGAAACUAUGACCAAGUGUUUUGUGGGGACAAGUCACCAAAGUCACAAAAGAGAUUGUGCUGGUUUUGGUAGUGGGCUGCAUGUGCAUGAUAUCUGCUGGAGGGGCAACCCCCCCAACCUAUACAUAAAUUCCUGCAGCAGCCCUGUCCUCCCUCUCUUAUAUCAUAACAGCAAUGCAAUAAUCUCUCAUUCCAUCUGUUGCUCACAGUUCGAAUCCUGCUUGCGAAUUCCUCAUUCUAUAACAUUUCUCUAAAUAGACCGAAAAAGGCUUCCUUUCAUCCACAAAACAAUCAUCAUUUGGUUCUCUUAUUUUAAGCUGUUCGUUUUCUGAUUCAACGCAGCCCAUUCCUUUACUAUUUAUUCGUUCUUCUUAGGUAGGAAUUUGUUCAUCUUUCCAUUUCUGGGUAUAAGGAAUUCCAGCUGCUGUAGUUACAGGCAUAAAAAACCGUUUUAAGCCUGGUGGUGAAAAUCCGCCUUUUUACUUUUACAUCAGUUAGUCUUUUGAAUUCAAUCCUUCUUGCAAGGCACCCCCUACAGCCCCAGGGUGCUUCGAGGGGGGCACCCAUGUGACCACCCACAACUUUUCUUGCAGGAGAGCUUCACCCCAGAGCAAGGAGACGCCAGAGGAGAAAGAAUACGAGGAGUUUCCCAUUGAGGGUGAGCUGGGGUGGAAAAGCAGAUAAAGGGUAAAGGGACCCCUGACCAUUAGGUCCAGUCACGGCCGACUCUGGAGUUGCGGCGCUCAUCUCUCUGUAGUGGCUGAGGGAGCUGGCGUGCAGCUUCCGGGUCAUGUGGCCAGCAUGAUUAAGCCACUUCUGGCGAAGUAGAUAAAUAGGUACCGCUCCGGCAGGAAGGUAAACGGCGUUUCCGUGCGCUGCUCUGGUUCGCCAGAAGCGGCUUAGUCCUGCUGGCCACAUGACCCGGAAGCUGUACGCCGGCUCCCUCGGCCAAUGAAGCGAGAUGAGUGCCGCAACCCCAGAGUUGGCCAUGACUGGACCUAACGGUCAGGACCCCUUUACCUUUAAGGUGCUACUGGACGUUCUUUAUUUCUUUAAUUUAUUUCAACUGCCUCAGACCAGCACGGCUACCUACCUGAAUCUCAUAAUGCUGUAACUCUGGGCAUACCGUAAAGCAGAAAAUUCAGGGCAGAUAAAAGGAAGUUGCACCUUCGUGCAGCGUGAAGUUAAACUACGGAACUCCCUGCCACAGGAGGGGAGAGUUGCUCUUGUAGCCGGGCCCCGCUUGCAGGGUUCCCUUUGGAUGCUGGACUAGAUGGGCUGGUCUCUUGUGGCCUGGUGCAGGUAGCCAGGCUGUUCUGAUGUUCUUGUGGAACCUCCAUGCCCAGAGGCAGUCUACCUUGGUUCCUAGGUCCUUAGGGGUAUUUGGCCACGGUGGGGACAGGGUCCUGGGCUUUUCCUCUGAGCAGUCGUCUCCUCUGCCCAGGGCCUGCCUGAGCUGCUCUGCCGCUGGAGGGAGGAGGAGGAGGAGAAGGGUGAUAUUCUGUUCCUCUUUCUAACCUGCGUUGUCCCCCCUCCCUCCUCCUCUUCCAGGUCCAAAAGCCCCCCCUCCCGCCUCCCCCCAGCCUCCUCCUCGCGCCCCACCGCCGCUUGCCCCCCCCAAAGACUCCGAAGGCCUCCUGUACGCCGACUUGAACUUGGCCGGAGGCAGAGGCAAGAAGAAGAUGCCCGAGGGAGGAAGGGGCGAGGAGAGCACCUAUGCCAUCCUGCGCCACUGA